CAGUCACACACUUGAUGAAUUUCUUAACUUCAUCCAUCAAAUAACUUCUUCCAAUCUUCCUCUCUGAUUAUUUGAGUAGUUCUUAUAGUACAUUACAACAACAACAAUAACGAUACUUACAUUUCAUUUUUAAAAGAAUCUCUCGCAAAUUUGAUCACCAUUAGAAUUCGGUUUUUAGGUUUGAUUUCAUCCUUAAAAUUUGAUCGAUGAGUGAAUUGAACAUGUCAAAAGUCACAGUUUGCGCUCGAUUUAGACCGUUAAGUUCUAGCGAGAUUAAGGAUCACGGCAAUUUCGUCAGUAUUCAUCGCAUUGAUGACGAAAAUUUCAAUUUCAAGGAUGAAAAAGAUGGAGAUCUGAGUUUUACCUUUGAUAAAGUUUUCUACGAGGACUCUGCUCAAGCUAGUGUGUAUGAAGUUUUAGCUUUGCCGAUUGUUCAAGAUGCUGUUAACGCGAUCAAUGGGACAAUACUCACCUAUGGCCAGACUGGUGCAGGCAAAACUUACAGCAUGGAGGGACCUGGCAUCAACAACUGUAAUGCUGAGAGGAAAGGUUUAAUUCCUAGAGUUAUUGAAGGACUUUUCAAUAUGAUCAAUUCUUCACAUGGAGCUACUGCAUAUUCAGUUAAACUCUCAAUGGUUGAGAUUUACAUGGAAAGAGUGAGGGACCUGUUUGAUUUGUCGAAGGAUAACAUACAGAUUAUGGAAAGAAAAUCACAAGGACUUCUACUAUGUGGAGUUACUGAAAUCCCAGUGCUGGAAGCUGCAGAAGCAAUGCAUAUCCUAUCUAAUGGUAUUGCAAAUAGAGCAGUUGGAGAGACCCAGAUGAACGUAGCUAGUAGCAGAAGCCAUUGUGUAUACAUAUUCACAAUUCAGCAAGAAUUGGCAGAUGAUAAAAGGGUCAAAACGGGGAAAUUGAUUCUUGUGGACUUGGCUGGCUCUGAGAAAGUGGGGAAAACUGGAGCAGAAGGGAAACUUUUGGAAGAGGCGAAGACUAUUAAUAAGUCCCUUUCUGCCCUGGGGAAUGUUGUAAAUUCACUCACAUCUAGCUCAGUGAGCAAGUUGACCCACGUCCCUUAUCGUGAUUCUAAGCUUACUCGAAUACUACAGGACACACUGGGAGGUAGCUGCCGAAUGGCAUUGCUGUGUUGUUGUUCCCCAAGUUCUUCAAACGCAUCAGAGACUCUGUCCACCCUUCGCUUUGGUGCCAGGGCGCAACAUAUAAAAGCAGCGCCUUGCGUUGUCCCAUCUGAAGACAAGUGUAGAAAGAUGCAAGAAUCCGCUUUCCAGAACAAAGAUGUUGCAUGUGAGAGACUUCUGGACAAACUAAAAGACAGAAUGGGUACUGAGGAAGUGGAAUUGCUUAAAGAGCUGUUAAUACUGGAGGGAAUCAUGAAUUAUUCAUAUUCAAUUGAAGACUUAGAAUUGGAUUAUGACAAUGUCACGUCAAAUAUCAUCUCAUCCCAGCAGAAAGCUUUAGAAGAUCUUGUUUCCACAGUCGACGAGCUUAAGAUGCAGAACAAGGUUCUCAAAGCCAAGCUUGCAACUGCAGAAACUACAAAUUUGUGGAAUCAAUUCUCAGGUGUUUUUAGUUUCCUCAGGCUUCGGUGAGCUGCUCAUUUCAUAUCACAGAUGAUAUUUGUCACUGAAACAUGCAUGUUAAGGUACUGACUUUAUACUUCUAAUCACCAAAUAAAAAAUCGAAGAUUUAGAAGGAUUUAACUUGCAGUACAUGAGUUUCCUGACAGUAAUGAUACUGUAAUGUAAAUGAAGUUCACAUUCCAUAUGAUUAAUAACUAACAGUGAUUUGAUUGUCAUUUUAUUGAAAUAUGUUCAUAUCACCUUGAAAAGCAUCAUAGAUGAUGUACAAGAUUCCUUCAUCCAAAGUGUACAAACAUAGGUGCAAAGUUUCAUUUAGCUAUAACCUUUAGAUACCCCACAAAUAAUCUGCACCAAUUUCAUUAGGUCAUACUGCUCGAUAUAUCCCUCACCUGACCCAGAUGCUAAGAUAUGUUAAAGAUGCUCAUAGACCAUGGCGAAGAUAUGUAGUCCAAAGCGUGUCUGCAAUCUCAUCAUAAAGAAACAACUCCGAGAAUCGUGGGUUAGCCUAUAAUGAUUGAGGGCUUUCCUUGUCGCCCUUGUGAUAGAGAUUUGAUUCUCACCACCUAUAUAAAGAAUUAACUCUUUUUCCCAUUGCACAAAAAAAAAGAAACCACUCCGUUCUCCAUCUUUGAUAGAAAACACUCCAGUGGUUGUAAGAGUAGACGAUAUUAUCCCAUAUAUGCAGUUUCUUGUCAUAAUCUUGAAUGAAGUCUGAAACAAAUAAGGACUUGGAACAAAAUUUACCAAGAACAAAGUGUUAGGAUUAUUGGUGACUUUUAUUCACUAAGUAAUCAAAAUAAUGAUUAAAGAAAAUUAAUCAUAUUAGUUAGUGUAAGUAGAAGAGGACACAAGUACCAUUUUAUGGUUGGAUGAGUGGGAAUCAAACAAGUACCAUAGUACAUUGUACUAGUGGUAGUGGGAACUUGGUUGUGUGUAUUUUGAUGCAUGUCUUGGGCUCCAAGGAAGACAUUCAGAGCAAGUACUAAGGAGUAAGAGUAAUGGGGACCAUAGAGGUACGUGGAGAAGCAAGAACAGAGCAGGAAAAGGCUGGCCUGCAGCCACUUGGUCGAGCCAUGGUCGAGCGACCAUGCUGCCAGCUUCUGUGCGUAUCUACUGCUGCAUGCUGUCUUAUAUGUUGCUGCCCCCUUUUGCUCUACAUCAAGCCCUACAUCUUCCCCUAUCAAUUCGCCCUUAUAUCCUUAGUUAUUAUUGCACCAAAGUCUCAUACAUAAAGCAUCCUUGCUUAGCUUAUUUUUCUCCCAAAAUUAGCUCCUCUCUUCUACACAUAACCUCCAUUAUAAUUCCUCUCAAAGAAAUUAUUUUAUUUUUAUAUAUAUUGUAAAUAUUUUAUUCAAAUAAUAUUUAUUAUUGUGUAAUAUUAAAUUUUUUAAAAU